GUUUCUAACUCUAUAUUUAAUCUUUGAGUUCCAUAACUCGAUUGCAGAUUAAUGUAUCCUAGCAACUACAGCUAGAAUCAAUCACAAGACAAACAAACCAACAAACCAAAGUGCAGUAAGACCAAUGUGCCUGAAGUUGCCUAAAGUUGGAAUAACACGGGAGAGUGCUGAAAUUGUUAUUGCAUGUGCGCAGAAUUAAUACAAUGACAACAGCAACGAAUGAAGUUGUUUCAUCCAAAUACAAGCAGGAUACCGAGAAGGCAUCAAUAAAGGAAACAAUGGAGAAAUUAGGGCAACCAGUGAUCGACCCGUUCAUGAACAAGGAAGAGCACAAGGUGAUGGACAAACUGGGCACCGUGCCUCUUAAUUCACUCCUACGCUUCAGUGUCGAUGCCGAAAGGCCCCAGUCUAAACCGAAGAGCAGUUCACGUUUUGGAAGGCUCAGUUACCAUUCCUUUUUCUCACGGCACAACCCUCAUCCUCAUCGAGUAAGACACAUCAAUGGUCUGAAUGGAAACCCUGUCUGUGCAGUCAAUGAUGACUGGUACAUUAACACUCCAUUGUCUCCUCAUCCACUGAUAAAGAGUCGGCUUCCAACAACAGUCCUCGGAAGGCUUGGAUUACCCAUCAGUAUUUAUCAGUGUAAUCCAUUUGAUGACGGAUAUAUCUCAAAGUUUACUUUUGCUAGCAGUGCCAAAGUAAUAAAGAAGGCUUCAUUUAUUUCAGAGUCAUUGUCUGAAGCUUGGCGCGAUGAACUACGGGAAUUCACAACCAGGGCCUGCCUCCUGGCACCUGACCAACCUGAAGAACAGAAGGAGACAGAAGGAAGGAGAACAACUCAAUAUUCUGCACAGACGGGUCGGAUAAUCCCAAACUCGACUCCUGCUGUGAACCGUCAGACUUCUCAACGAUCCACCAGGAAUGAUGUCCGGGACAGGAGUAAACACAAUAUGCUGUUUCAGGACCACGAGUUACUGGUCCUGGAACUGCUCUGUCAGCUCCUACAGACUGACUCAUUAUCGGCUGUCCAGCAAUGGCUGCUCUAUGCUGGGCAAAGAGAGAAAGACUUUGUACUGGGAAUGAUUCAGUCAGCUCUAGCAAGCAGUCACCCUGAAUACCAACAAAGAGCUACAUGUAGAGAAGGCCAAGGAAAACAGCAGAUUGAUUAUAAUCCCACGGCUUCAGCCCUGGAAAGGUCCUCCCUGAAUAGGAGAAAACAUAACAGAUAUUACCUCAAAAAGAAGCCAGAAAUAAUUGAAGAGGAGCAGCCAGAUCACAUUGGAAAUGCUGAAGUCCUUCGAGUUCAUCAAAGCAAGUCUUCUGAACCACAGAGUAAUGGAAAACAGGAAGUGUCAGAUCUGAACAGGGUCACAGGGUGUGAGUGAAACUGUUCAGGAUGGGGAAAACAUUUCAGUCUGUCCGUCUGAUUAGAGUUUAAGUAGGGACGUGUUUUUAAAAAUUGUAAUGAGAUAAAG